AUGAACGGGAAACAAAAGCCGGCAUCAGUGGUAAAGAGGGUGUUCGGACGCAUCUCUAUCACUGAACCAAUACCAAACCCUCCUCCGCCUUUCACCCCGGUCCCGCUUCCGGAAGAGACCUCCACUGCGCCCUCCAGCCCCACAACAGCUGAAGCAGAGACUAAACCUGCUCUCCCGGCCGAUUACAAGGGCGAAAGCAGCAAAUCCGGCGAGGAGGCUGAACCACCUCCACCAUAUACAGAGGGUUCGAGUCCGCUUCAAUCGUUCACGUACGUGAUGGCUGCGGCUGGAGGGGCGGCCAGUAUCAUUACCCAGGUGCAACAAGGAGCGCCGCCUCCUGUAAACACACUAGCUGAUGUCGCGGGAGACGAGCACAUAACGCUCGACCUAAGAGGGAUCAAAUUUACGCUCUCGCGAGAUGAGCUCCUAACCUUGCCUGAAUUUGUGCUUCUUUCCCUCUUCCCAAAUGGCCUAUUACCUGAUGGGCACAUGAACAAUUCGUUUCAAGAGGGUGGAGAUGUCUAUCAAGUCGACUAUGAUCCGAAGUCGCUGGAAUACAUGCUAGAGUUCUUCCGUGGUGUUGCAGCAACUAUACCUUCUGACUUGUCCCCAACAACUUCCCCAUCAACCGGCCAAACGCCCGCAACGAACAGCUCCUCAGAUCCUUCCUCAACCAAUUCAACGAGAGAUAUGUUGCAAGAUCGCGCCGGCAUCAUCGUUCUCCGCGAAGAUCUUGAUUUCUAUGUCAUACCACCGAGACCAGAUAUCGAUGCCGCGGAGAUGGUAGAGGUGAAGAGGGCGGCAGGGCGAGCUCUCCUUCACCAGAAUGGCAUUUUCAGUGGGCUAAGAAGGAGUGACGAGAGCGGGACUACGGAGCAGCACCUCAUUGAGAUGUUGACGGCAGGGUACGUACCAAGCGUCUUCAGAGGCUUACUUGCUUUGCCAGUAAUCAGAAUGGCUGAUCCUCGCUCAUAG